AUGGCGACCUCCGGAGAAGGCAGUAACCCCGGUGGCAGAGCGACACCCUGGCCCCUGGCGCAGCUGCAGGAGCUCGAGCCGCGGGUGGCCCGUCGACGCCUGUCCCAGGCCCGCCACCGAGCCACCCUGGCGGGGCUGUUCAGCAACCUCAGGAAAACCGUCUACUCCCAUUCCGAUCUCACAGCCUCCAAGUGGCAGGUUUUGAAUAAGGCGAAGAACCACAUUCAGGAGCUGGAACAAACCUUGGAUAAUCUGCUGAAGCUGAAAGAGUCCUUCAACCUGGAGGAUGGGAAUGCAAACAGCUUAGAGGAGGUCAAGGCAGAAUAUGCUAGCAAGUACUCCGGAAAUCCCAGGUAUCUCAACUUUUACAAGCAGACGAUGGACCUUCUGAUUGGGAACGGGAUUGUCUCCUCACAGGAGGUGACGCUCCCCAUCGUCUCUGCCGCCAUCUCCCACCUAUGGCAGAACCUCUCUGAGGAGAGGAAGACCAGUCUCCUGCAGGCCUGGGCACAGAGGCCCAGCGGCCUCCAGGGCCUUGCUGGUGCCUGCCAGGAGCCGGCCUGUGCCGACGGCAGCCUGAAGGACAGCGGGGUUGACAGCCAAGGAGCCAGCUGCUCGCUCGUCUCCACCCCAGAGGAGAAUUGGCCAGAUGACUGA